CCCGAGAGGGCAGGCAGCCGGCCUGGGAAGCACUGGCGGUCCAGCUGCGUUCCAUCCCGGCCAUGGCAGCGGCGCCCCUGAAAGUGUGCAUCGUGGGCUCGGGAAACUGGGGUUCAGCUGUUGCAAAAAUAAUUGGUAAUAAUGUCAAGCAACUUAAGAAGUUUGCCUCCACAGUCAAGAUGUGGGUCUUUGAAGAAACAGUGAAUGGGAGAAAACUGACAGACAUCAUAAAUAAUGACCAUGAAAAUGUGAAAUACCUCCCAGGACACAAGCUGCCUGAAAAUGUGGUCGCCGUCCCAAACCUCAGUGAGGCUGUGCAGGAUGCAGACCUGCUGGUGUUUGUCAUCCCCCACCAGUUCAUUCACAGAAUCUGCGACGAGAUCACCGGCAGAGUGCCCAAGAAGGCGCUGGGGAUCACCCUCAUUAAGGGCAUAGACGAGGGCCCCGAGGGGCUGAAACUCAUUUCUGACAUCAUCCGGGAGAAGAUGGGCAUUGACAUCAGUGUGCUGAUGGGAGCCAACAUAGCCAGUGAGGUGGCUGCGGAAAAGUUCUGUGAGACCACCAUUGGCAGCAAAGUAAUGGAGAAUGGCCUUCUCUUCAAAGAACUUCUGCAGACUCCAAAUUUUCGAAUUACUGUGGUUGAUGAUGCAGACACUGUUGAACUUUGUGGUGCUCUUAAGAACAUCGUUGCCGUGGGAGCUGGGUUCAGCGACGGCCUUUGCUGUGGAGACAACACCAAGGCUGCCGUCAUCCGCCUGGGGCUCAUGGAAAUGAUCGCCUUUGCCAAGAUCUUCUGCAAGGGCCAGGUGUCCACAGCCACCUUCUUGGAGAGCUGCGGCGUCGCUGACCUGAUCACCACCUGCUACGGAGGCCGGAACCGCAGGGUGGCCGAGGCCUUUGCCAAAACUGGGAAGACCAUUGAAGAGCUGGAAAAGGAGAUGCUGAAUGGACAGAAGCUUCAAGGACCUCAGACCUCCGCUGAAGUGUACCGCAUCCUCAAACAGAAGGGGCUGGUUGACAAGUUUCCAUUAUUUACUGCAGUCUACCAGAUUUGCUAUGAAGGCAAACCUGUUCAAGAGAUGUUGUCUUGUCUCCAGAGCCACCCAGAGCAUAUAUAAAGUGAAUCGUGCAACAAGCCGGGGAAUGUUCUACCUUUCUGAUCAGUCUUUUGGGUUCAAAUGGAAACUGGACUUGACAACAAGAUUUGCUUGACUGUAAUCCCAGCAUGGAUAUAUAUGAAUUUUUACAGGUUUGUUUUUUAAUUUCAAGAAGCAGUUUAUUGACCAAGACAUAAUGGGUAACAGCUAGUUACACAUAUAUGAAAGUGUGAGUGUGUGUUCGUUUCUCAUUCUGUGGAUAUUUCUAUGAACCAAAAUUAAAAGUUCUUUUAAAAAAUUACCUUUGAAAUUUGCCCACAGUGGUAGUUUAUGAGAUUGGAACUAUCUUAGCCAAAUUUUCAAAAUCUAAUUUAUAUGUGUUUGAGUGUGAAAUUGUAUUUUUUCUUUCUUUUGAUGUUAAAGUUAAACCAGCAUAAAGAUGGUAGAGUGGAGGACUGAGUGUGUUCUAAGAUCAACAUACUGUAACUUCUAAACACUAUCUCUAAACCAGCAUAGCUAACUACUUGGAUUGUGGGCUGAUCAUUUUUUUUAAACAACUAGAUGUUUUUAAUUAGACAAUCCAUUUAUGCAUCUUCUUCUCACUGCAGUUUCUGCAUUUUAGCCUCCUUUCUCUUCAUUAACUGCCAGACUCUCCUGUCCUAAAGGCUCAGCAAUGGCCAAAGAUGGAAAACUCAUCUGGGAUUUUCCUGCUAGGACUGACAUUCUUCUAAUUACCACACUGGAUGCUUUUUGUUAGGUAGUACUUUUGUGCAAACAUUUCCUUUUAGCCUCACAGAUGCCCUGAGCGAAGGCUGCUAUUACUGCACAUUUAAGUUGCAGUCACUGUGUCUGGUCCACUGGCAAGUGGGGACAGAGCCAGAAGCCCAUCUAAGUGUUCCUGCUCCCCAUACAAGGUACCAGAGUGCCUAAGCUCUGGUUGUGACCAACGCCAUGUGCCAGGAGGGGCUGUUUGCAGCUGAGAUUUGUGUGGGUGGUUGUCUAGACGAAUGUCACUCUAAGUGUGAUCUUCAGUCCAGCAACAUCAACUUCAUCUGGAGUCUAUUAAAAUACAGGUUGCCAGGUGCCACCCCAUCUCUUUGAAGUGGAAUAAAGUACCUGUGUCUUCAGUUGCCUUCUGUGAUUUUCUGGCCCUCACUACAAUUUGAGAACCACUACUUUAGAAAUUUUGCUUUAGAAUAGCAUUUCUCAAACUGUGUUCCUUAGGAAAUCGAGGUUCUGAGUGUUCCCUGAGGGAAGUGAGUUUGGGAACAGCUGUGUCACACACCCAUCUUGACUGUAGAAUGUACAUUAGUGUGCCAGUGGAACCUGUUUUACCCAGAAAGUUCCAAACACAUUUGAUUAUAGUAACUUUUUUGGCAAGAAAACUUGCUAAAGUUUCCAGGGAACACUGUUCUAGGUAGCGGAGGCCUCAGGACAACUCCCUGCAAGACACUAGUGAGAAUAAACUACCUGUGGUGUUAGCUCUGAACGUUUACAGUUCUGGUCUGCCAUGAAUCUUUGAUGAAGCUUUAAGGUGACAUUAAGUACAAUCAAGUAGGUGUCAACCUUGCUGAAACGCACAUUAUGUCCAAUAAGUGCUUUUAAUUCUGGAAUUAGAAUGGAAAUUACUGUACCUUCCUUCUUAAAUGAGAUUGGCUUCAGGAUAGCUUUGCCAUUACCUUCCACAGCAUUUGAUAAGUGUUAGGGAAUGGAUGAGUAUCACUUAUAUAUUCAUGAAUUUUCAGUUACUUUGUGAAAUUUUGACCUUUCUACUUUCCAUAUUGGGGUGUUUUCCAUCUACACCUGAAGUAACUGUAGAACAGUUUUUUGUAGAAAUUAAAAAAAAAACACUAUCCAGAACAUUUCAGGGGCAUUUUAAAGCUCAUUACAUAGAAAGAGAUAAAAGCACAUAAAAUGCUACAAAUUUCAUUGAUUUUAGUACCACUGUUAAGUCAAUCGAUUUUUGCUUGUGUCAUGAUUCAUCUUUUUAAAAGUUUGUAUAUAGGUAACAAAGUGUUACUUUUUAAGAUAUUAAAGGGCUGUAAGCUAAUUGUGGUCUCCUAUUAAAUAGGCUACUGAGAUACGAACUAGGAGCUUGUGUCUCUGUAUUUUCAUCUGCAUUCUGCUUCAUACUCUGGGUUUUGUACUUGAGGGUUUUUGCCUUGGCAAAUACUCGCUUACCAUACUGAAGUCUGCUAUACCUCUUGAACCUACUUAUAAUUUUCUGCACAAUAUGGAAAAAGGCAAAUUUUAUAAGUUUGUGCUCUGCUGUAGAUGUUUAUUGCUGUAUGAGUUAACUGUUUUUAUAACCCAUCACUUGUUUUCAUUCAUGUGUCUUAACUAAUUAUGGGUACAGGAAGGGAGAAAGCUAGAAGAGAAGCUUAAUUUGUACUAGUUCAGUCAAUCUGUGAAUGUAAAACUACACUGUUGCCUUGCUAUAAUCCACCGUACUAUAAUAUGGAAUAAGUAUCAGGCUGAAAUCCAUCCUAGAAGUGGAGUUAAACUUAUAAACUCAUUCUGGUUUUUCAUUUCACUCUUAACAUGCCCCUGUGGCAUUGACCUACCAGUGGUGAGAUGCCCAUGUACAAAGGGAUCUUUAGUUUCCCCACUAAUUAUAAUCUAAGAGCCUUUUACUUACAUGUGUACUAUACUUGUUUAUAGACUUUAAAUGGAAAUAAUUUAAAAGCUUGAUUUAAUAAACAUUUAUUUCCCCCAACCUGUGCUACUGAUUCUUUUUCCCCCAUAAUCAGCUUAGUUAAUAGUUUUAUUUAUUUAUAUUAAAAAGGUCCACUCCCUUUUCCCCUGAAUCAUGUUGUAUUAAGAAUAAUAAAAAGUU